GCAAGUUUGCGCCGGAAGGGCUCCGGCCUUGUAAUGUGCGACUUCGUAAGGCUAAGUGCAGUUCUUCUGUUCUCUCGGUAUCACCUUCGAACCGAUGUCGACGUGCACUUGACGCUGUGCUGGUGCGAUCGUGAUGCUCACUUGGUCGCUUAGGUAGUCGGAUACUCUAACCAAGGGAACACGAACACGACCGCUCGGUGAAACGCAAGAUGAGACAUCUAGAUAGACUUCUGCUGCUCCCGUCAGGUCUUCUGGCGUUACUGGUCUGCUUUCGAGUCGAUGCCCAACAUGUCGCAAGGACCGGCGACAGCGGAGACAAGGUGAAUGGAAUGCAACAUUCCGAGCAGCUUCGAUGGCAAGUUCCACUCGGCAUCAGGAAGAUGAGUGAAGACGAGGGCGAGAAGUUCUGGCCGCACUACUGGGACUUCGGUGAGGAGCCUGCGCAUCUACUCGAGGAAGCCGCAAGCCUUGUGUCCUCGAAUCUAUCGCUUGGACGCGCACCCAUUGCACCGCACACGAACCAUGGUCGAAGUUUGAGUAUACUCGGCCGCAGCAUCUUCGCUCGCGCCUUCCAAUGCCCUACCAACACCACGUCCUGUUCCAGUCUAGGCUCAGACCUCUGCUGCCCAACUGGAGAAUCUUGCGUGACCAACUCAAGCGGAAGUAUCUGCUGCUGUCCAGCGGGUCAGUCAUGUACAUCCGCUUCUUGCUCUUCCUGUGCUGCAGGCUACACGUCGUGCCCGAACAGUCCGAACGGAGGGUGCUGCAUUCCCGGCGCUGUUUGCGCUGGGACGGGCUGUGUGUUUGUGGGAACGCAGACGACUGUCGUUACGCUACCUACCAGCACAGUGACCGCAACAAUCAGCUCCAGUCGAUCCAUUAGCAGCAGUACGACCCCAACCCCAACAACAGCCUCUAUUGCUCCAGCCGCCGUCACAAGCGUGUCUAUCUCGACGGUCACAGUGACGCAAAGCAUAAGCGGCGCAAUGACUACCAUCAUUCAGCCGGUCACGGUGCUCAUCACACCCACCACAAGCACAACUACAAUAAGCCCAAGUAGUCAAAGCUCCUUGGUCUGUUCGUCCGGCUAUCAAUCCUGCGCGGCGUCGCUAGGUGGCGGUUGCUGUCCCAAUGGCCAAAUAUGUGCAGCAAGUAAUCUAUGUGUAAACGCUACGACCUCUACCAUCUCCGCCGGAGCACCCAUCCUACCAACAAGCGACAGCACGACCACCGCAUCCGUCUCCGCAGCAAGUGUAGCUUCGACGGCUACGACAAAUGACAUCUGCCCGACAGGGUACUACGUGUGCUCCGCAUACUACAUGGGCGGAUGUUGUAGGGUGGGCCGCGAUUGCGAUACUACAUCAUGCCCCUCAUCAGAGAGCACCGCCAUCAUUUCGUCUGGGGCCACCGUCGUCGUACCCUACACUUCGACAACGGUGGUUGGUGGAGGCACAACGACCGCAGCAUCGCCUGCGGGAAGUCAAGGCUCGUGCGCAAACGGAUGGUACUCAUGCCCAGCGUCGGCGAGCGGAGGGUGUUGUCCUUCGGAGUAUGUUUGUGGGGCUGUGAGCUGCUCGGCGACGGUUAGUGGGCAGCAGAAUACGGGCAAAGUGUCACCCAGUCAGGCGAGCGCCGUGAGGUGGGCUGCAGGAUUCAUGUUCGUCACGAUUGGCAGCGCGGUUGGAAUGAUAUGGCUGUGAUGCUUGCGAGGACUCACGAUCGAACAUUGCUUGUCGGUCUAGAUGUGGGCGGUGAGACAUUGUAACAAACGCCUUGAUCCUUGAUGUGAAAAGCCAAUCAUACCAGUGAUAUGCAUGUGGUUGCACGUCGACCGUCAGCAAUGCCGU